CUUAAAAACCAACGAUGGUACCGAACCGGCUGGAACCGAACCAUCGAUAUUAUCAAUAGUGCCAUCGAUGAUUUGAUACCACCGCGAAACGCCGACGACCGUAUAAUCUAGACAAUACGACCCAGUGCCCAGUUAAUGUGCUUCAUCCAGGGAAACCACUUCCAAAAAUCGGACGCUGCGCCAUUGCCAGAGUUCCGGGAUUAAAGGGCGGCGCAGCAGGCUUCUGAUAUCGGGAUUCCGGACAGGGGGAAAGGCAUUAAUUUUAGAACCAUAAAUAAGCCGAUGCCUAGGAAAAGUGUGCUUCUUAGCAAUAAUGGCCGAUCGUGUUUUAUGCCAGGAGUUGGCAACGCCCGGGAGUCACUUUCGCCGCCCCAAAUCAGGAAUUGCAAACCCCAAUAUGGUGUUUGCCAAUGGGGGAGGAUCCUGUCGAGCAACUUCAAGGCAGACUUAUAAGCAACAACAGCAGCAGCAGCAAAGACAAAUACCUCAGCAACACUGCAACAGUUCAGGAACUGGCGCCGGUACCCCAGGAAGAUAUAUGGUGAACCCAGCUGUGGAGGAGCAGCCUGUGGCCCCCGGAGCUGAAACAGUUGGCUUGCCAGUCACCCCGCGAACAACCAAACAGACACGCAACAAAAGCGAAGAAGCCAUAAAUGAUCUCCUUGUUCGAAUUCCGGAUAUUGGCAAGCUGUUUGAUGUGCACAGCCGGAUUGGCAAUGGAACCUUUAGCACUGUGCUUUUGGGAACACUACGGCGGGAAUCGCAUCUGCCGGACAGUCUGCGGCGCAAGUUCGCUAUUAAACAUCAUAUACCAACUAGCCAUCCGGAUAGGAUAAUGAAGGAGCUGCAGUGCAUGACCAAAAUGGGGGGAACGGAUAAUGUGGUGGGCAUCCACUGUUGCCUACGAUGCGACGCCUCCGCCGCCUUUGUAAUGCCUUAUAUGGCACAUGACCGAUUCCAUGACUUUUACACUCGGAUGGAUGUUCCCGAGAUCCGGCUGUAUAUGCGCAAUCUCCUGGUGGCCCUACGCCAUGUCCACAAAUUUGACGUCAUCCAUCGCGACGUAAAGCCAAGCAACUUUCUCUACAAUCGUCGCAGGCGUGAGUUUCUUCUGGUGGAUUUUGGCCUGGCCCAGCAUGUGAAUCCCCCGGCUUUGGGGUCUUCAGGAGCUACCGCCUCAUCCGCUAGUAACAACAAUAACAACAGUAAACGACCUCGUGAAAGGGAAACAGCGGAGGCAGUUCAGCAUAGUGGUCCAGCGGAUGCUGGUUUAGGCGGAGCUGUAAAGCGUAUGCGCCUGAACGAGGAGUCUAACAACAAGAUGCCCUUGAAACCGGUUAACGAUAUUGGCCAAAGUGAUUUACAGCAGCCAGGUGGAGAUGGCUCCAGUCUUGUCCAGCAACAGCCUGUGCAGCAGCAGCAGCAUACGCAGUUAGAUCAAACACCCUCAACCCCAUCUGGCAGCAAGUACAAUACGAAUCGAAAUGCCUCAUCAGCGGCGGCCAAUAACGCCAAGUGUGUCUGCUUUGCAAAUCCUUCAGUUUGCCUUAAUUGCCUGAUGAAGAAGGAGGUACAUGCCUCCAGGGCAGGAACACCUGGCUAUCGGCCGCCUGAGGUGUUGCUUAAGUAUCCAGAUCAAACCACUGCCGUGGAUGUCUGGGCGGCAGGUGUGAUUUUCCUUUCAAUCAUGUCGUCUGUCUAUCCAUUUUUUAAGGCCCCCAAUGAUUUCAUUGCCCUGGCCGAGAUUGUUACGAUUUUUGGAGAUCAGGCGAUUCGAAAAACAGCUUUGGCAUUGGAGCGCAUGAUCACAUUGAGUCAAAGAUCAAGGCCUCUUAAUCUGAGAAAGCUGUGCCUACGUUUUCGGCAUCGUGCAGUUUUUAGUGAUGCCAAGCUCCUGAAGAGCCAUGAAUCAGUGGACGGACGGUGCGAAGUGUGCCGAAAUUGUGAUCAGUACUUCUUUAACUGUCUGUGCGAAGAUAGUGAAUAUUUGACGGAGCCAUUGGAUGCCUACGAAUGUUUUCCGGCGAGCGCCUACGAUUUGCUACAUCGUUUGCUGGAGAUUAAUCCCCAUAAGCGUAUAACCGCGGAUGAGGCACUAAAGCAUCCGUUCUUUACGGCCACCGAGGAGGCAGAGCAAGCGGAUCAGGAUCAGGUGGCAAAUGGAGCACCGCGCAAGGUUCGCCGGCAACGGUAUCACAAUCACAAGGCGGUGUCUGCCACCAUGGAGCAACUGAAACAACAGGUUGCCCUUGAUCUGCACCAGUCGGCAAUCAACAAGCUGUGAAACUAGUCCUCACCGCCCAUUUGUAUAUAAACUAUGCCCUAAAUCACAUAUCACGAUUGUAUAUAGACCACACCACCAACACCACCACCCGAGCACAUCUCAUAACUGCACCCAGACCCUAAAAAUGAACUCGUCCAGUGUACAGUGUCCAAGUGCCCCAGCUCGGCCGCAUCUACUUACCUCAUGUUGCAGGAAGGAAAUGAAAACCAAAUGAAGCACACAACCCAUACGCGCACAUACGAGGUGUGUUCAAAAAAAACGUUUCAAUCAUGAACAAUAGAAAAGGAAUACCAAAAAGAAAAGAAAAAGUUAAGGAUUAUUGAAGUACGGCCGAUAGGCUCGAAAGAAUUGAAUAGUUAAGAUCCACAAAAGGCAGCCCCAAGUGCACGGUAACCGCCCAGUGGCAGGAAAUCUGCACUAUCCCAUCAUGUUGUAUAGUUCGAAUAGUCUUAGGCAACCUAAGUAUAAUUAUUGUAUAUCUAAAAACCAUGUGAGCAGAUAUAUAUGAAGAAGCGAAAAUAUAUUUAUACCUUGAAGAAUGAA